CUGUUGCUCUCCUCUCUUUACCCGUCGCCGCCCUCGCCCUCGCCACCACCCGCACCCGCCGCGCGGCCCCCAUUCGCCUCGAUUUCGCCGGCGGCGAUGUACGGCAACGACAACUGGAUCAACAGCUAUCUCGACGCCAUCCUCGAUGCCGGCAAGGGCGUCGCGGCCGCGGCCGCGGGCGCCGUCAGGGGCCGGGGCGGAGGCUGGGGCGGGGACCGGCCCUCGCUGCUCCUCCGCGAGCGCGGCCACUUCUCCCCCGCGCGCUACUUUGUCGAGGAGGUCAUCACCGGCUACGACGAGACCGACCUCUACAAGACCUGGCUCCGGGCGAACGCGAUGCGGAGCCCGCAGGAGAAGAACACGCGGCUGGAGAACAUGACCUGGAGGAUCUGGAACCUCGCCAGGAAGAAGAAGGAGUUUGAGAAAGAGGAAGCCAUUCGCUUGUCCAAACACCGUUUAGAGACUAAGAAGCCACGGAAUGAUGCUACUGCAGAAAUGUCUGAAGAUCUUUUUGAAGGAGUGAAGGGAGAAGACGCUGGUGAUCCAUCUGUUGCCUACGGUGACAGCACAACUGGGAACACACCUAGGACCAGUUUAUUUGACAAGCUAUACAUAGUGUUGAUCAGUCUGCAUGGCCUGAUACGUGGAGAGAACAUGGAGCUUGGCCGUGAUUCAGAUACUGGUGGCCAGGUCAAAUAUGUCGUGGAGCUUGCUAAAGCAUUAAGUUCAUGUCCUGGAGUUUACCGGGUUGAUCUAUUGACAAGACAAAUCUUAGCCCCAAAUUUUGAUCGUGGCUAUGGUGAACUAGAUGAGCUGCUGGCUUCGACAAGUUUCAAGAACUUUAGAUGCGAACGAGGAGAGAACAGUGGUGCACAUAUCAUCAGAAUACCAUUUGGCCCCAAAGACAAGCAUCUAGCUAAAGAAAAUAUCUGGCCUUUCAUUCAGGAAUUUGUUGAUGGUGCACUAGGUCAUAUUGUGCGCAUGUCAAAAACUAUAGGCGAAGAAACUGGCAGUGUGUGUCCAGUGUGGCCUACUGUGAUUCAUGGCCAUUAUGCCAGUGCAGGAGUUGCUGCUGCUCUAUUAUCUGGAGCACUUAAUGUUCCCAUGUUGUUUACCGGGCAUUUUCUUGGUAAAGAUAAGCUGGAAGAGCUUCUCAAGCAAGGUAGGCAGACAAGAGAACAAAUAAAUGUGACAUACAAAAUAAUGCGCCGAAUUGAGGCAGAGGAGUUGUCUCUUGAUGCAUCUGAAAUAAUUAUCGCAAGCACACGGCAAGAAAUAGAAGAACAAUGGAACUUGUAUGAUGGUUUUGAAGUCAUGCUUGCGAGGAAGCUCCGUGCGUUAGUCAAGCGUGGUGCUAACUGUUAUGGUCGUUAUAUGCCUCGUAUGGUUAUAAUUCCUCCAGGAGUUGAAUUCGGCCAAUUGAUUCAUGAUUUUGAUAUGUAUGGAGAUGAAGAUAACCAAUCUCCAGCCUUGGAUCCAUCUAUUUGGUUUGAGAUAAUGCGGUUCUUCACAAAUCCUAGGAAACCUAUGAUUUUGGCUAUUGCUCGUCCAUAUUCUGAAAAGAAUAUUGCAACACUUGUGAAGGCAUUUGGUGAAUGCCAUCCGUUGAGGGAACUUGCUAACCUUACACUGAUAAUGGGCAACCGUGAGGCUAUUUCCAAAAUGAACAAAAUCAGUGCAGCUGUUUUGACAUCGGUGCUUACAUUGAUUGAUGAAUAUGAUUUAUAUGGUCAAGUGGCAUACCCAAAGCUUCACAAGCACUCUGAAGUUCCUGAUAUUUAUCGUUUAGCAGCAAGAACAAAGGGCGCUUUUGUAAAUGUUGCUUAUUUUGAACAAUUUGGUGUCACCUUGAUAGAGGCUGCCAUGCACGGGUUGCCUGUUAUUGCAACAAAAAAUGGGGCUCCUGUUGAAAUUUAUCAGGUUCUGGAAAAUGGUCUCCUUGUUGAUCCCCAUGAUCAGCAUGCAAUUGCAGAUGCCCUCUAUAAGAUGCUUUCUGAAAAGCAGUUUUGGUCAAGAUGUCGAGAAAAUGGAUUGAAAAAUAUACACCAAUUUUCUUGGCCUGAACAUUGCAAGAAUUACUUGUCAAGGAUAUCAAGUCUUGGUCCAAGACAUCCUGCUUUUGCAUGCAAAGAAGACCACAAGGUGCCUGUGAAGUGCAGGAAGCAUAUAUCUAUCAUUGCUGUAGACUCUGUUAACAAGGAAGAUUUAAUUCAAAUUAUCAGAAACUCUGUUGAGGCUACACGCACUGGAACUAUGUCAGGUUCUACAGGUUUUGUGCUGUCAACUUCACUGACAAUAGCAGAGCUACAGUCUGUAAUAGUACGCACAGGCAUGCUCCCGACUGACUUUGAUGCCUUUAUAUGCAAUAGUGGGAGCGAUAUAUAUUAUCCAUUACAGUCUAGUGAUGUGCCAAGCAAUUCCCGUGUUACAUUUGCGUUGGACCAUAACUACCGAUCACAUAUCGAGUAUCGUUGGGGAGGAGAAGGUUUAAGGAAGUACUUAGUUAAGUGGGCUUCUUCAGUAGUAGAAAGAAGGGGGAGAACUGAAAAGCAAGUCAUCUUUGAAGAUUCGGAACACUCUUCAACAUAUUGUCUUGCAUUUAGAGUGGUUAAUCCAAAUCAUUUGCCUCCUUUGAAGGAGCUGCAAAAGUUGAUGAGAAUCCAGUCACUGCGUUGUCAUGCUCUGUAUAACCAUGGCGCCACCAGGCUAUCUGUAAUUCCAAUGCAUGCAUCGCGAUCUCAGGCUCUAAGUAUCAGGGCGUGGAGCAUUUAAAAAAAAACUGUUUUCAAGAUGUGCAUUUUCCUUUUCCUUAAAUUUAUGAGAAAAAUAGCUCAAUACCAUUAUAAAAAGGUAUCAAUUGAAUAUUACAUCUACUGUGGCUCCAGUUUUCGAGUACAUAUUGGAUUCUAUUAUCAAUCUUGUGUCCAUGGUGAUGGCACUGAGCAAUAUUUCCCUUCGUGUUUGCUGUUGGAUGAUUUAUUCCAAUCAUGAACAGUUCAACAGAAGACAAGACUAGUGGGAGUGAGAAACUUGAUACUUGCACUGGUUACAACCCCUUUUUUGUUUGCCUCUUGUCUCUGUUUCUUUUCCUCCUAUUUGUACAGUUGGCAUUUGUGUUGGGUGUUCAAUGUUAUUCUUUUGUUUGCUCUUUAUUACUUCUUAAUUCUUAUAUAAUGACCGGCAGUUCUCCUUCCGGUUCCAGAAAAAGCAGUGGGAGUGAGAAACUGUACACUAUUGCUUUAUUUGGUACCAGCUGAUUACCUGUCACCAGGAUUAAAAACUUAAAAUUAGUGAACCUGGAGGUAGCUAUCGCCUUAUUGGUUUCCUAAACUGCUCUUGAAUUGAUCGGGAAUUAGGUGGUUACCAGAAUAUAACAGGGAAACUAUGUCUAUAACUUUGGUCAAAACGGGUUAGGAUCAGGUUUAAAUAGGUGUUAACACAGGCUGCGAACCAGUUUUAAUUUCAGGUGGAGGAUUUACAUCGUUGCCUAAACUAGUUUGACUAUAAGCUACAUGAUCAGGUUGGAUAUGAAACCCAAAAUGUGUAAGAAAUCCUAUAAUAAUAUUUUUUUGAACUACAGAACUCUGCUUCUGGCUACAGUGAGUGUUUUAAGUUGCUAAUUCACUGGGUGUUUUUUCUUUAAGUGCUAGUUUGGCAACCCUAUUUUUUCAAGGGAUUUUUGUUUUUCCAAAGGAAAUUAGUUCAUUUUUCCUUAGGAAAAUGGGAAUCCUUGGGAAAAUAGAGUUGCCAAGCUAGCCAUAAAAUUGACUUUUUUCCCCUGUAUUCAUUUCUUACUUUUCAAAUGUUUUGUGCAGCCCUAAAACCCUAACAGUGCAAUAAGUUUUGCAAUAGAUAUACUGCCACCGUCUCUAAAAUUUUACACUGGUCUGGGAUCUGUAGAUUAUGGUCUUUUGGAAACAUUUUUAUGUAUUUAUUUCCAUAUCCAUCUUGCAGCAAACACGUGCAAACCUACUAAC